AUGGAUGGACGAUCUUUAUUGGCACGUCUUCCUUGCCCGAACGAUGUCACUGGACUCCUCACUCAAACAAUACUCCCUAGUCCGGUUGUUCAGUGGAUUGUCCCUGCUUGUCUUCGAAGUAAGGCCCACAAAGAUGUCGUAUUUGUGGGUCAGAGACGAAUACAGGUCAAAGAAGCUAUGGCUGGUGGAUUUUUGAAAGAUAUUACUGAGAAAGCAGACUUUGAUAACUGCAUCAUUGGUGCAAAAGCCAUCAACAUGAGCACUCAAAUCCCCUGGGAUGGACAGUUUCAACCCCCUGGUCCUCUUGAUUCGAGCGAGAGUAAGCCAAAUACCUCCGACAACCUGCCCUCUCAGAUACUGGUUCUUUCGCUUGAUAUGAGAGAGCUGCUCUUCUUGUUUAUUCCACCUUCGAAGCCAACCGAAUUUAUCACUUUCCGCCGGCCCUUGCCGGUUGAUGUCAGUCUUUCAGACAGAUUUGGCAGACAUAUUGCCGUCGAUCCCAGGGGGCUGGCUAGGUCACGAGCGGUGGCAGUUGGUGCCUCAACUGACUAUUUCGGUCUAAUUCUUCUCAAGUCACCCGAGGAUAUUCGGCGUCAAAUGGUUCAAGGGGGUUUCAAUCCUGUGCGGAAGGAACACUUCUUUAAAUGUACUGGAGUCAUCCAAUUCAUGGAAUUCCUGCAUCCUGAAGCUGCUGAUCUACACAAGAUCAUUCUCCUUAUUAUCACUUCAGAUACUGAUGGAACCUACGCAAAUGUUUAUGAAUGGGUCGAAAACAAUUUUGAUAGGCCGAAUAUUACCGAAUUCAAACUUCAAAAACAAGAUAGGAUGCCUACCAUGAUUGUUCCACUAGCAAAAUGUUCUUCAUUUUUGCUUGUGUCAACCUCAUCCAUGGCAGUCUACUCCGCAUCCGGAGAAUCUCGACCUACCAGAUACCCAUUGAUUGCCCCUGACUCAAGCGUCAAAGAGGCUGCGCUAUGGACUCAGUGGGCCCGACCUACUCGUAAUGAGCUCUAUAGUGAAAACUAUGAUGGGCUCUAUUUGUGCCGUGAGGAUGGCUGGGUCUAUUAUCUGGAAUUCGGAAAUGACGGAGAGCUUGAAAACCAGACUAGCCUUGGCCAACUUCACUGUGAUGUUGACUCGGCAUUUGAUGCUCUUGAUAUGGGCCACGAAGGCGCUGACUUCAUUCUUGCAGCUGGAAGUAUGGGAGAUGGCGGACUCUUUGUUCAAGAAGCCCGAGGGCGACCUGAGUGCCUGCAGAGAUUUCUCAACUGGGCUCCGGUCACUGAUGCCGUCAUGGUGCCAGCAGGCAAUCAUAGCACCUUCCAAGGGGACGUUCCACGCGAUCGUCUGUUUGUAUGCUCUGCAUCCUCUUCUGGUGGCGGGGCACUUCAUGAACUUCGGUAUGGCAUCGAAGCCCAAAUUGGGUUCACUGUCCCUCUUGACGAUCUAUCUGGUAUCAGGGAUAUGUGGGCUCUCGGUGAUGACACCGGCGGAACUAUCUUUGUUAUCAUCGCAGAUCCAGUCUCAACCUUGGUUCUGUACAUGAACCCCGACUUGGAAGAAGGCAUCAGUGCUCUCUCAGAGGAGCAUACUGGCCUUGGCACCAGCCAAACAUUGGCAGCAGGGUGCACCCCAAACGGCGCCCUUAUACAGGUCACUGAAACGACUACACAUAUAUUUAUGCCAGAGAACACGUCUUUCAAUACCUCUGUCCCCCAUCCACCUAAUACUGCCAUUGUAGCAGUGACCGUUGAUGGUCCGAGCUCGACUGUGCUCACUGCUGCUCGACACAAUCAAGAGAUCAGCCUGUUCCUCACACGAUUGGUGAAGGAUGAUGAAAAGAUUUAUCUAGAUGUGAGCCCAGCAAUUCAACUUGACAAAGAGCCGGUGUGUGUGUCUCUUGAGACAUUUGGAAACAGCACAUUUGUCUUCAUGGGGACCGGCGAUGGCACAAUAAGGAUCUUUCAUGUAGAGCAGCAAAGCAUUGUGCAUCUCGUGGAUAUCCAAAUUUUGAUAGAGAGAGCAGAUGAUAUUUCACGAGCUGUUGACAGUCUUGCCGUUAUCCGCCAGACAUACGGGGGUGUUCUGAGGGCUUAUCUGCUCUGUGGUCUUCGAAGUGGCAUACUUGUGCCAUUCCAAAUCGAUUUCAAUGCCGCUUCCUUAAUAGGCUUAAAUCAAUUGUUGCCAAAUCGUAUUGGAACAACUUCAGUUCGCCUCCAAAGCCAAGGUACCUUUGCCAUCGUCAUCUGUGACAGUGAGCUAUGGCGGGUAUCGACGAAUCCUGACGGCGUUCCAAAUGAUUGCUUCCUAUCUCGGAUCUGGAUUACUGAUCAGAGCAAUCCUGCUUACUUUCCGAUCGCGAUUCACGGAUUUGGGCUUAUAAACUCGCAAGGCAUGGGCUCGGAGGCUGCAUGGGGGUCACUUUUCUGCUUUGCAGAUCGCGAACUCCUGAUAUGUUCUCUAGAUCAGGAAGCAAAGAUGGUUCCCCGACGCAUUGGCUUACCGGGAACUGCUAGGAAGCUGGCUUACUCGGAACAACUACACAGACUGAUUCUGUCUUAUGACGUGGUUGAGAUAGAGGAUCCCGAAAAUCCGUACGACACCACCACACGCUCAUAUCUUGAAUUCGUGGAUCCCGAUCUACAGAAAGCCCUAGCACAUGAAGAAAGAGCUGGCAACAAAGAAUUGGCACGAGCAGCCCGCGGAGAAAUUAUCAGCUGCAUCAUGGAUUGGAUAUUCAAUAGAGAUGGUAAAAAAUACCACCUCGUUGUCAUUGGAACCACAAUUCCAAGGAUAGGGGAUAGCAACACCCUCGGGAGAGUCAUUCUCCUCUCAGCAAUCCCAGACCCGUCAGAUCCUUCAAAGAUCAAGUACACCACCAAGCACAUCCAUGAAUUCGAAGGCCCUGUAAGAGCAAUAGCGCCUUAUCAUGAUGGACUAAUCGUUGGUGCAGGGAAAUCCAUUUUCCCAUUGACAUCGAGAGGAGCCUCAACUAGAUGGGCUCCGGAGGGCUGGCGUACGUUCCCAUCAGCAGUGGUUGCCAUCACUGUCAAUGAACCACUAAUCUAUGUCACCACUUCCCGGCACGGGUUCAUCGUCUCAGAGGCUGUCGACGAUAGUCUAUCAAUGUCGAUGCAGCCGCGUGGCCAUGAUUGCGAACUACUUGAGGGUCUAACCCACUGCGUCAUUCCUGCAGAUCCUCCUCGCACGUUCUUAAGUAGCCGUGGAGGAAACAUUCGCGUUGGCAGACUUGCCAGUAGCUCCGGCGACGGGCUCACUUCGUCAAUGCUGUUUCUGUCACCAGAACCCGCCGUUGUUCAGCUAUUUGAAUCAAUUUUGCGAUUCGUUCCUGGCUCCACAGACGACCUCCUUCCGAAGUCGCCCAGAGAGAGGGGAGCCCCAAUUUACGGCGUCGCGCUCAAUGGAGCAGUUUAUCGAUUUUCAUUCCUCAAUACAAAUGAACUGUUUCUACUGUCCCUUGUACAAGAAAUGUGUCUCAAAGACGAAUCUCUUUACCCGUCGAUGUCUGCUCGCCAGAGACGGCGAAAGAUUGUUUGGCACGAGCCAAAAAAAGACAACACCCAGGUUGAUGGUGAUCUUCUCGCCCGCCUUGCAUGGCACGGCACAGACUGCCUCGAAAAUAUCGUUGCUAUGCUAGAUCAAGUCAUGGGUGGCCCGACGUACGAUAGCAUGCUUCGACAGCUGUCAGUCAAAGUGUUUGGCCCUUCGGACAAUUAUGCUCGUGACAUCGUAGGUUGGCUACGAGAGCUUCUUCACGUCAAAGUCUGA